UUCUAUGGUUGUCAUUCUUUUUUAUAUUUACAUGGAAAAAAAAUUUAGAUACUGGAAAGAACAAGGAGUUGAAUCACAAACAAAGCUUGAAUUCUUAACUGGAACAAUAGCAGCUUUAGGAAUGUCGUUUCACGAGAAUGUUAUUAAUACUUAUAAAAGACACGGUAGAAUAUUUGGAACGUGCAUGCCAUCAUAUGAUUUAUGGAUUUCGAAACCAGAACUGAUAAAACACAUCCUGGUAAAAGACUUCCCAACUUUUCGUAUACGAACGAAAAUAGAUUUUGGAGAUCCAAUAGUCAAUAAGAUGCUCAGUUUUAUAAAUGAUGAAGAUUGGAAAAGAGUAAGAAACUUAAUGAGUCCAACAUUUACGAGUAGCAGAAUGAGAAAAAUGGCAAAUUUAGUUAAACAAUGUGCUGAAUCAUUGGCCAAACGUUUCAACGAAAACGCUGAAAAGGGAAAAAAUUUUGAUUGCAAAGAGUUAACAAGUACAUUUACUAUCGAUGUCACUGCAUCUACUGCAUUUGCUACCAAACUGAAUGCACAAGAAAACGAAAACAAUGAAUUUGUCAAGAACGCUCGAAUGGUUUCAAAUAGAAAUAUAUCAAAAUUAACGCUUUUGGGAUUUUUGAUUGCACCGAAACUAAUUGGUUACUUAAAAUUGGAAUUUUUUCCGAGGAAAUUAUUAGAAUACUUCCAGAACGUCGUUUUGAAAAUCUUGGAAGAGAGAAAACAAAAGAAAGUUAAAGGAAACGAUUUUCUUCAAUUAAUGAUGGAUGCUCAGGAAGGAAUACUUGAAAACACUGCCGAAGACUUGAAAGAAGUAGAGAGUGAAAUAAGUAAUAACAAACUUCAACCCAAACACAAAACAAUGAGCCUCGACGAAAUUGUUGCUCAGAGUAUUCUUUUUAUUAUCGCUGGCCACGACACAACAACAAAUGCGUUAUCAUUUUUUUGUUAUGAAAUGGCAUUAAAUCCAGAAUGCCAAGAGAAGUUGUUGAAGGAAAUCGAUGAAACAUGGGAAACACAUGGUGAUGUGGAUUUUGAUAUUGUCAAUAAAAUGACUUAUCUUGAUGCAGCAUUAAAUGAAACAUUACGAGUACAUAAUCCAGGAGUAAUGUUGGCAAGAAUGGCCUCUGAAGAUUAUAAAUUAGCUGAUACGGGUAUAACAAUAAAAAAAGGAACAAACAUUGUAAUUCCGACAUACGGCAUGCAUCACGAUCCCGAAUAUUUUCCAGAACCAGAAAGAUUUAAACCCGAAAGAUUUUUACCCGAAAAUAAAGAAUCCAUUAUACCAUAUACAUUUUUGCCCUUUGGCGACGGUCCUCGUAACUGUAUUGGAAUGAGAUUUGUCACUAUGGUAAUGAAAAUUUGCUUAGUUUACAUGCUACGUGAUGUUAAACUAGUUGCCACGGAAGAAACACGGAAACCGUUAAAAUAUUAUUUUGGACAAAAUUUACAAGUCAAGGACAUAAUUUUGAAAGCUGAAAAGAGAACUCGAUUUCACUAAUUUUAUUGAAAAAUUCUUACAAAUAAGAGUCUGAGAAAUAGUAACUUGUAUUUUUCUAUAUUGAAAUUUAAUAAAUUAAAUGGCAAAUAA